CAAUUGGGCACCGGAAAGCUGCUAUAUGGAUAAAGCAUAUGACCGCUUCUCCACAGAGAACUCAAUGCUCGGCUACUACAAAGAAAGGCAACAGGUGCAAGCUAUAUGCUCUUCCGGGAGGAAAACGAUGUCAUAUUCACGUUAAGCGUAACGAAAAACAGGCCGAAAAAGAAGUCCAAGCUCAAAAAAAUACUGCUGUAAGAGUGUCUGGAGUGCUUGCCACUAAAGUUGAGGCAAAGAUAAAGCUAGAUGUGCAGAAUUCAAAGACUGCAACUAGGACAAAAAAUGACACGUUGGGAAACAUCUACGUAUUUACGUACGCUCAUAUGAUGCAUGCAAAGCCCACAACGAUGCCGUAUCUACACCUUGCCGAACCUACGCCCAAUAACUGGAUCAACUACAGCAAGACUUCGCCGUUUGACCCGUGUGACCAGAUUCUCAUAAAAGUAGGUUUUACUCGGAAAAAGCCUGAGGUGAGAAUCAAAGAAUGGAGAGAGCAGUGCGGACACUCGGAAUUUAUUCUGUUAUAUCCUGGAUGCCUGGCACCCAUGUACAGAAGCGAGCCUGAAAAGAAGUCGAUGAAAAAGCUGGAAAAGCUUUUCCAAAGCCUGAAGAUUGGGAAAAGCUCAAAAGGUGGUAUUCUUACCCCACUUAGUAACCGCACCCACCAGAAUUAUUCCAACCUGAACGCAGAGCGGACUUGUUUUGUGUCGCCGACGGCUUAUCAGUCUGAGCAGCGCAUUCAUAAGAUACUGAGAGAGAGGUACGGGUCUGGGAAGUUGUUCUGCGAAGGGUGUGCGAAACACAAAGUACUUGCGUCAAACCAAUUGGCUCGAACCAUUGGUGUGCAUACUGAAUGGUUCUUGGUUCCACGAUGCGAAAUGAAAAACGUUUGGCUCAUAAUUGAAGGUCAAUGCAAAGUAUAGGAGACAUCGGGAGUUGAUCAUAUACUUCCCUAGUUCUCCUGCUGUCUCUUCAUGUCAUUGAUUAAUUACUUUUGUAUAUCUUCUCAUUAAAAAUUAGACAAUUUAAACCACUUAAUAUAUCUUUACUAAGCUAGAAAACAUC